AAAUGCCUUGUGAAUUAUAAGACCGGGCUUGAGACAAAAAGAGCCUAAAAAAUAAAAGAGAUGAAAAAUGAAAGAACUUGGGGAGUGUAUGGUUUGACUACACUUCGCAAGAAGAAAACUGUGCUCGCGCGAAGCUUUAAUAUUCAUGGCGAGAAAUGAAAAAAAAGAAAAGGAAAAAGAAAAUUAACAUAAUUUCUUCUAUAAAAUGACUUAAAAUGUUUAAGGGGAAGGCUAAACAAGUGUUCAUCAAGGAAAAGUGUUUUUUUUUCUGAAAAAAGUGUACCGUCUGCAAAACAUGGAGGGUAAUGGCAAUGAACAACGAAAAUGUCAAAGAAGUUUUGCUCAUCGUGGGAGGAAGAAUGAUUGCUGGGAUGUAGUGGUCAAGAUGUUAAUUAUGAUACUGGGUGAUGACAGUAUUUCAAAUAUACGGUGGUGGGACGAGAAAAAAGUGAAAAUACAAGAGGCCUUUACGCAGCUGGAAGAUAUGAUAAGCAAAAAUGCCUUGCAAGAGAGUUGCUGGACUGAAGUGGUAAAGCUGUUACGUAUAAUAUUGGGUGAUGAGAGUAUUUCAACUGCGACCUCAUGGGAGUUAAAAGUAAUGAAAGUAGUAGAGGCUAUUGAGCAACUUAAAGACCCGCAAUUUGGAUUGGAAAUGUUGAAAGAGAUGAUGAAGGAGAGUAUUAGUCAAAAUAGGAAAGUGAAAGAGGCAUUCCAAUUGAUUGAAUCGGUAUUGAACCGGUCAGAAAAUUCAGUUCCAAACCAAGACUAUACAGAUGAGAUUAAUGGCUUAGAUCAAACAGUAUACAUGACAAAGGAGGAGCUACAAUCCCUUAAAGAGGAACUUGGACAGGCAAAUGCUAUUUGUGACCAAAAGGCGAAAUCAAUGACGGAGGCAAAGACUUUUGGCAAGGUCUCGGGUAUGCUAAGUAAAGCAUCCAAGUCUUGUUGUGCAAAGAUGUAUGACAUUGUGGACCCUGCAAAUUCUAUUCAAGGACAUUUCGUGCAAAUAGAAGAUGAACAAUACACACUCCACUUUCAUGGCUCAGAGAUGAUUGAUGCAGACAAACCAGCUGAGGAAGUGAAUUUUACCCUAACAUAUGUGGGAGAAAGUCUAGAGAAAUUAACAUUGGAAAUGCAAAAAAGCGACCAAAGGAUGAUUCCUCCAGCUCAUUUGAAUCCUGAAUCAUCUAACCCUAUGGGUGUUUUGGGGGACUCAUUGGACACUGAAGAUUUUCUGAUUGUUCCACCCUCGGAAAGUUGGUUGGAUUAUUUGAUCUCAACUGCUGUCGUCAAAGGAUACGAGGUGUAUCAACGCAAUGCUGAUGUGCUCAAUAAAAUAUUUCAAAACCAUGCUCACUUUGCCGACCAAUUUCAAUUGAAAGAUCGAGGGUUUCAGAGCAACAUUAUGAAUGCUCUCGCUGAAAUUUGCUUGAAAUUAGAAAGCAAUCUUGACAAGCUUGAGCUAACUGAGAUUGAUGAUAUUUUGGUAAAGGUGAAAGACAUGGAGGUCACUGGUUUGGAACUUUCAUGGCUACGUGAAACAUUGGAGAAUCAAGCAGAGAUAAAGAGAUUGGAAGAAGUUGUCCGAGAUUACAAUCUGAAGUUGGCCAAAUUAAAGAAGAAACAACGGCUAGAGUAAUUGCUGCUUAUCGUUAUUUCGUUCAAGUAAUAGCAGUCAAGAAUCUUUUAUUGGUUAACUGGAAUGUUGAUGAACUGCUAGUAAUGUAUGCUUUUGUGUGAGCGCUUGUGUUUGAAUCAGGAGAAUGUUAAGAACUCAUGUAGUUUGAUGCUUUUGGUAUUUAAAAGUUGUUUUGUGUGUGA